AGGGAGGAGCAGCAGUGCCUGUCCCAGCACGCAGUGGGUGUGGGGUGGUGGGAGCCGAUGGAGCCGCGGUGGCACUACCAGUUCCGGGUGAUCAUGCUGGGGGAUUCGACGGUGGGCAAAUCCUCCCUGCUGCGACGUUACACCGAGGGGGUUUUCCUGGAUGCCGUCAAUCAGACGGUUGGGGUGGAUUUCUACGUUCAGUUCGUGGAGUUGGAGCCGGGGCUGCAGGUCAAACUGCAGUUCUGGGACACGGCUGGGCAGGAGCGCUUCAGGUCUGUCACCCGUUCCUAUUACCGCAACUCUGCGGGUGCAAUGCUGCUCUUCGACCUCACCAACCGCGCGUCCUUCGAGAGCAUCCGGCGCUGGCACCGGGAGGUGACAGACACGGUCCAACCUUUCCACGUGGUUUUCCUGCUGGUGGGACACAAAAGCGACCUGGUGGGGGAACGUAAGGUGGGCAGGAGGGAGGCGGAACGGCUGGCGGCGUCGUUGGGCGUGCAGUACGUUGAGACCUCAGCCAAGGAUGGCAGCGACGUGACGCGGGCGUUCCGGAUGCUGACUGUGGCCAUUUACCGGGCGCUGCAGAGCGGGCUGCUGGCACCGUGCGAGGCGUGGGAUGGGGUGAAGAGCAGCGUCCCACUGCCAGCACCGUGCCCAAAGAAGGAGGAGAAGCAGAAGAGGUGCGCGUGCUAAGGAGGGCCUUGGAAGCCCUGGGCUCUGCCAGGUGCCGAGGUAGGAAGAGCAGUGAGCGAUGGCAUUAAACAGCCACCUGCUCACCCCACUGCCUGCCCCAUUUCCUGGGGAAAGGGAGGUGCCAGGGCCCCGUUCUUCUGUUCUCCCCCUUUACAAAGCGGUUCCCAGACAGAGAGCACAGCCCCUCCCUGUGCCCUCGGGUCCCAAACCCUUUUUAUUAUCGAGCACAGAACUUCCUCAGCACUGUGCCCAGCUGCACACAGCCACGCUUUGGGCAGAACCCUGGGAACAGACAGCAGCUCUGUGCCCCAGGAGCUGCCUCUCCUUCCUGAGCACCAGUCAGACCGGCCUCAGCUGCACUUACUGCAUGCCCUCAUUUCACCCAUGGGUGCUGGCAGCCUUGGAGCCCCACCAGCGAGCUCUGCAGUGUCCACAACCUCCCUUUCUUUGCAGGGAGCACACAGAGCUGCGCUCUCCCUCCCCACCACAUCCCACAGCAUCCGUAGUUUCUCUGAUGUGUGCCAGUUUGGGCAGAACAGAUGCUGGGAUGUGACCCUCCUUCAUGUCUUCAAUGUACUCAUUUCUUAUCCUCAGCCACCACAUCCCUCCUACCUGCAGCCAAGCAGAGGCUGAACCACAUCAGGAGGUCCUGAUGCAGUGAGCACA